AGGCGGGGUUAUUAGGUGUGCAGGGUUUCUUCUUCCGUCAUCAAUUAUGCGGCUUUUUCUUCUUCUUUUGCUUGGCGAGAUUAAGCGGAGGGAAGAUGAUGUUUGGUCUCUGGCGGUUGAAGGUUGUGCAGGGACAGGGGACGGAUGCUUGGUCUCCGGUGGCCAAAAAGGUCAUGGAAGAAGCGUGGGGCUAGAGGCUGGAACAAAUCUGGAUUCGAGGUCAUCUGUAUUAGGUAGCGACAGAGGAGGGUUAGUAAAGAACAUGAUGAAUAAGAGGCAAGGUGAGGAAGAAGCUACAGUACUACCGGAUCGUCCCCCUCCUGAACCGCCGCCAUGGAGUGCAGGAGCGUCUAGGGUUUGGAAGCAUCUUUUUAAUUUUACUUUUUGCUUAUGAUUUAUUUUUCAAGACCAGACUGUUUAUUUUGCUUUUAGUUACUUUUAUUAUUGUAAAACUCUUGCAAUAAGAUUGGGUGAUAGGAGGUCAGCUUUAACCGUCUUUGGCUCAUGUAAGCCCAUUAUAGGAUCAGUGAGUUAUAUUGCUUCUCUGAAAGUGAUUGACUCUAAGUCUGGUUCGAGGACUGACGGUUGUCUGUGGUCCUAUAUUGUUUUAACCCUUUUCUGAAUGCUAAGGCUGUGAUAUCAAUGUAAGCCCCCCUCUUUAAAAAAAAAUAUUGU